AUGUAAGGGAUUUUACAAUACUUAGACAAAGUUAAAUCACUAAGAAUAUUUUAAUCAGGAAUACCUUAGAAAUUAGUUUGGCUCUGUAAAUUUACCUAAAUUAAUAAGAUGGAACAUAUAGGUUUAUGCAGAUAAUAUUGCCAAAAGUCUCAUCAGUGGCUAUUCAUUUGUUAUGGAACUCCAAUUUACAAAGAUAAUAUGGAAAUGGUUGGGCAAUAGUGACAGGGGGAGGAAAUGGCCUUGGAAAAGCUUAUGCAAAGGAAUUAGCAAAGAUGGGAUAUAAUAUAAUUAUUAUAGGCCGAACAUUAGAAAACUUGAACUAGACUAAAUUGUAGAUAGAGAGAGAAUUUAAUGUUUAGGUGAAAAUAAUUCAAUUUAAUUUUGAUACAAGUGAUGAAGGGGAAUACAGGAAAUUGAAUGAAAGUAUUAGUAAUGUAGACGAUAUUGCGAUUUUGAUUAACAAUGUUGGAACUUUUGAAAUGCAUCCAUUUGAAUAAGAAUAGAAAACUAGCACCCUAAUAAAUGUUAAUAUCAAUGCCUGCACUUAUUUAAGUUAAUUUAUUGUUCAAAAAAUGAAAAGAAGAAACAAAAAGUCAUUAAUUGUAUUUGUGGGUUCAGAAACUGGAGAGCGUCCUCAUAGUGGAUUUGCUAUCUAAUCUUCAACUAAGGCUUAUAUUGGAAAUUUGGCUAGAUCUUUAGCAAUUGAAUUAUCUCCAAAAAUUGAUGUUAGAUUAGUGACUCCAGGACCAAUUGCAACGAGUCUUUUGGAAUAGAAUAAAUAAUAUCUUAAUUUCAAAAAAAAGUUAUUCAUCUGCACACCUGUUGAAGUUGCUCAACAAUCUUUGCGUAAAGUAACAAUCCAAACACAUAUAAUUGGAACAUGGAAGCAUGGCUUAUUGUAAUAUUUAUAAAAUAAAUAAAAUUGAU